AUGGGGAGGGGCACUUUGGGCGCCGCUGCGUUGCAUGUGAGGGUGCAGCGGAAGGGGACCCGUGGGAUUAGUUGGGAUGAGGGCCUCCAUGGGAAGGCGACGACGCCGCAGGCAAGCGACAGGUCAGGGGAGAGAAACAUGGACUCUUGGAAACAAAGCGAUGGGAGGAAGGAAAGGCUGAGGUUCUCGGUGGAGGGACGCAGUGGCGGACCCAGGAUUUCAGAGUACGCGGCGCCGUCGUCGAGCCCGAGCCCUCAAGCGAGCGGCGACCGAGCGCGCUGCGCCACUUGCGCGCGGGGUCGCGGGGUCGCGCCGAGCCCCAGGACGAGCGGCGAGUGGGAGGCGGGUUGGGCGGUCAGCGGCAAGCGGGCGGCGGGUUGGAGGCCUGCGGCCAGCGACGUUCCGGUGCGGGCUGUGGCGUCGCGACGGCCGCAGGGCGCGGGCGCGGGCGCGGGCGGGAUAGCUGCGGCGCGGUGCGUUUGGAUGGAGCUCUGGAUAGGGAAAUGGAUAUGA